AUGGGGAAGACUUUCAAAACAAAAGGUGGUAUUAACUGUCAAAGAUGGGACCAACAGUCACCUCAUAAUCAUGUCAUCGGUAUUACAAAUGAUGAAUUCCCUGAUGAUACUGUGGCCGAUGCUGGAUCAUACUGUAGAAACCCCGUGGGCUACCACAGUGGCGGACCAUGGUGCUACACAAGCAAUAAACUAGUGCGAUUUGACUAUUGCAAUGUAUCUCUUUGUGAUUGCAAGACUACUGAUAAGGGUGAAACAUACAUGGCCUACACAAAUACAACACUAUCCGGUAAGACGUGUCAGCGAUGGGAUUCCCAAACCCCACAUUCGCAUGAUCAAACAGAUGCAAGUAAAUUCCCAGAUAGAACCAUAUUCGAGGCUUCCAACUACUGCCGUAAUCCAGACGGGAAACAGCCUGGUCCAUGGUGUUUCACAACUGAUAAUUCCACGAGAUGGGAGUUCUGUAACAUACCAUAUUGCGAUAUUACUAUACCUAAAAAUGGAUCUAGCACUACGCCACCACCGACUCCAACUGGAUGCCCGACAUCUAUCGGCAGACGUCCAACCGACUUACCAAACAUCGGGUCUACGUACUUACACUUAAUGGUCAGCAUGAGUUUUCCAUGUGAUACUGCCAUCACACGUGUUGACUACUUCCGGUCUAAUCCUAAUACCCCAGUGUUUGUUUCAAUAUGGCGAAGGAGGACAACUUUUAAGUUUACAUUAGUUUCUAGAGUUGAGCUACCAGCAAGUCAAACAGGGCAAACAACAGUGAAUAUCGAUACACCAAUGCAAGUCCGACAGGGG